CUGCAGUCAGAACUCAGAUCAACUCUUCUACUGAAGCUAAACUCUAGCUUACACCAAGAAAGAAAAGGAAAAAAAAGACUGUGACCAGAGCGGCAGAUUGAAACUCUAAGACAAACGAGACAAGAGAUCAACUUGAUCAGAAGAAGUUUUCAAGCUCAAACUCUGAGACUAAUAGAAAACUUCCUCCACGAAGGUUUUUGGAAGAAUCUGAAUUUAUUAUUAAAAACUAGAAAAGAUGUCUACUGGGAUGAAGAAGACUAUCUUGCUGCCUCUGCUGUGUGUCAUGCUCUCAUACAUGGCAGCAGCUCAGGAAUGCAGUGGUCAAUGUUCGUGCCCCUCCAUGCAUCCUCAGUGCCCCCCAGGAGUGAGCCUUGUGCUGGAUGGCUGUGGCUGCUGCAGGGUGUGUGCCAAACAAAUGGGGGAGCUCUGCACUGAAAAAGAUGUCUGUGACCCACACAAAGGACUCUACUGUGAUUUUGGUGCCCCCAUCAACAGACGCAUAGGCGUGUGCACAGCUCGAGAGGGAGCUACUUGUGUUUUUGGUGGCAUAGUGUACAAGAAUGGAGAAACGUUCCAGAGCAGCUGCAAGUACCAGUGUACUUGUCUGGAUGGAGCAGUGGGCUGUGUUCCACUUUGCUCCAUGGACAUCCGGCUGCCCAGUCCAGACUGCCCUAUGCCAAGACGUGUCAAAGUACCUGGAAAGUGCUGCGAGGAGUGGGAGUGUGAUUCUCCCUACACAAACACCUUUGUGGGCUCUGCUUUGCCUGCAUUCAGGGAAGAAGAGAUUUAUGGCCCAGAUCCUAAUAUGAUGAGGGAGAACUGCCUGGUUCAAACUACUGAAUGGAGCGCCUGCUCUAAAACCUGUGGCCUUGGGAUUUCUACCAGAGUCACCAAUGAUAACCGUGACUGCCGUCUAGAAAAACAGACCCGGUUGUGCAUGGUGCGUCCAUGCGAGUCACAGCUGGAGCAAAGCAUCAGGAAAGGAAAAAAGUGCAUCCGUACCCCAAGAGUGUCUAAGCCCAUGAAGUUUGAGAUCUCAGGCUGCACCACCACCAAGUCCUACAGGCCAAAGUUCUGUGGUGUCUGCCUGGAUGGCCGCUGUUGCACCCCCCACAGGACCACCACCCUGCCCAUGGAGUUCAAAUGUCCAGACGGGCAAGUCAUGAAGAAGCACAUGAUGUUCAUCAAGUCCUGUGCCUGCCACUACAACUGUCCUGGGGAGAACGACAUCUUCGAGUCUCUGUAUUACAAGAAGAUGAUAGGAGACAUGGCGUGAGCCACUGAAGGACAACCAGAGCUUAUGACUUGAAAACAAACAGAACUCCAUCUCAAUUUGCAGCUCAGUCUAUAUAUUUUUUACAUUUUAUUUCUUCCAUGCUCUCUUUGUAAAAGUAGCCCAGACACUAGUCUUAGUGUCUGUAUGUUUUUUUGUUUGUUUGUUUGUUUUGUUUUUAUGGCUGAUGCAGAUUAGCCACAUAGACUCAGACAGAGGGUUGCCUGGCAGCCCCAAGAGAUUCCUGCACUAUAACUUUUUUCUUCUUGACAAACCUACUGUCAGGUUUCCGCCCAUUUCCCUUGAAAGCUUUUUUACAACCCCGUCCAUUUUACUGUAUGCAUUUUUACACCACAUCCAAACGGUGACCUCCUCUUUAAAUGAGGUGUCUAAUUAGUCCCCCCCACCCUAAGUCCAAGACCAGACCUGUAAACUCAUAGCAGCUGUAAAAGGGAGCAUACAGACCACAGAAAAGCAGUGCUUCACUGUCCAAACGGGUCUGAAUAUGUCCUUGUGUUUGUGUAUGAAUGUGUGUGCAUGUGUGUGUGUGUGUCUAAGUGCAGGCCUGAAUGUCAGACUUAUGUGUAUGCUGUUCACUCUGCUUACAGAGUGGAGGAAAGGUCAGCGUUUCCACCCAACAUGAGGAUGAGAAAGCAAGCAGCGUGCAGAGUGGAGGGUUAGAUAUGGAACACAGUGGGCUUUGCCAUGGCACUGAGAAAAAAAAAGUUAAAAAACAUGUGUUGACUAUUACCAAUUCAGGUCA